AUGCAGGUGGGGGAGCCCGGACCGGGGCCCCCCCGGGACCUCCAGAACCCCCCAGGGGCCCCCAUGGACCCCCCUGAGCCCCCAGACCUCUCAGAACCCCCCUCCCAGCUGUGGGGUCUGGACCCGCUCUUCUCCGCCUUCGUCCGGCUCUUCGUCUCCGACAUCCUGGACAUGACGGAGUCCACGCAGGUCCCAGGAAUCUUCUUCUACAACUCCCGUCCCGUCUACAAGGUGGACGUUCUGGGAACCGUCGUGUUCAGGAGAGAGAGAGACGACUUCUACUGCUACGGAGUGGACGACGGGACCGGAGUGAUUAACUGUCUCUGCUGGAAGACGGAGCUGAUGAGGGAGGACGGUUCUGGUUCUGGUUCUGGUACCGGUGCUGGUACCGGUACCAGAACCAGCACCAGCACCGGUACCACCCAGGGCGGGUUCAACGCCGGCGCCGAGCUGACCCGGCUGAGACGGGCCCAGCAGAACCGGAGCCGGCUGGAGAUCGGGGAGCUGAUCCGGGUCAGAGGAGCCGUGAAGACCAACCGGAACCAGAACCAGAACCAGAACCAGAACCGGGAGAUCACGGCCUCGUGCUUCUAUAAGGUGGACGACCCGGUUCUGGCGGUCCAGACGUCCUGGAUGUUGGAGGUUCCGGAGCUUUACCGGACCUGCUACGACCGCCGGUACCAGCUGGGGCCCGGCACUGAAACACCCGUUUCCACGGCGACGGCGCUGCUCAAGGACUUCCUGCAGCAGAGGUCCGUGACCCGGUUCAGACCCUACGACGUCCAGGACCUGCUGCAGCCCCUGGUCCCGGUUCUGGUCCCGGUCCAGACAGACCCGGUCCAGCCUCCGGCAGCAGAACCGGAUCCCGGUUCUGGUCCAGCCGGUCGUGUCCAGGAGCCCGGUUCUGGUUCCGGUCCUGGUUCUGGUUCUGGUUCCGGCCCGGCCCGGGCCCAGCAGCUCCGCCAGCUGCUGCAGGAGGUUCUGCAGGUUCUGCUGGACCAGGGAGUCGUUUACCGGCGGGUCAAGUCCCAGGACGAGGUUUACCACGUGACGGUCCAGGACACAGAUCUGCUCAUGGCGGUUCAGGACGUGAUCAGGGAGGAUUCAAGGAGAGAUAAAUACCGGGACACCGGCGUCCACGUCCUGCAGGUUCUGUCCUCGGUCCGGCAGCGCUACAGUCUCAACGUGACCCGUCCAGCCCUGGACCUGGUCCUGCAGAACCUGGAGGCCCGGAGUGACAUCAUCAGCACCAGAGACCAGUACUACACGGCCCUGUAGAGACCAGGACCAGGACCAGGCCGGCGCCAGCAGCCGUCUGGGACGUGGACAUGUUGUUUCUUGAGUCUUCACCAAUGAACGUUUGUUCCCUGCUGAUUUGAGAUGAAUAAGAUGCUGAUCUGGUUCCUGGAGGCAGCAGGGUCUCCAGGGUACCAGGGGUCUCCGGGGUACCAGGGGUCUCCAGCGUACCAGGGGUCU